ACAAAAACAGCUAGGAAUUGCUGUAGUGUGGUAUAUAAUUGUUUACCUAUAUUUUUCUGUACAGGUAGGAACUGUAUGAGUGUAAAGACAGUGCACUGCCGAAUGAUCUCUAUAAUUGACUACAAUAACGUUAAUUUGGAAGUAUGAAUUGCAAUAAGUGAUUUAUCUCAGGAAAGUAGGAAAUGCGGAACUAACGCGUGUACUUUCAGAAUAAGGUUUUAUAGCAGAGACAUUCGAUAUCGAUCCGGACAUAUAUCAGGACAAGGACUGUAUUGACAGCACCGAGAACUCUCAUUAGCGAGUUUUUUCCGUCACAGAGAUGAAUAGGUUUACAUUUCAGAAGUUAUGAACUAUGUAUAUAACUGUGAUAGUGUUGGGAAGAUAUAUCGAAAACACUGAGCCUGCGGUGGAAAAUAUCUUUAAUUUGAGAAUAUUGGCUUAAAGUUGUACAGAAAUUGAAAUGUGUUUUCCCUGAACAAAAGAAGAAAAUUAUAUUAGAAGUGUACAUUUAUCAAAUUUAAAGGAUUAUUUUGUGCCACACGCUGAAUACAAAAUGCAUUUUGUCAAAGUAUAAUUAGUAUUUUUAUAAUGACAUUACGCCUUAUUAUAUUGUGUAAGCUGGAAAAGGGAUAUUAUAGGACAGAAUGUUUUAAAUUGAUGUUUAGACAUAUAACUAUUAGGCAGCGAACGAUUAUAUAUUAAAACGGGUAUGGGUCUUAAAUUAAAAUACCGGAUUUUGAUCGGAUUCGCAAUCAUUGUGUGCAUUCAUUCAAAUGUGGUAAAACCGUCACAUUUUCUAGAUGAUCAUGGAUAUAACGUAGAUAUAGCAAAACGGAGCACGCACACUAAAGGCGCUGAAGCUGAUCCAACCGGAGCGAACCAUACAAACGAGACAAAUGGUACUGAGAGCCACGUUAAGCAUGUCCAUCAUUCCAUGCACGUGGCAAGUUGGCAAUUUGAGCGCGUGAAGUCACCUUUUAUCAUAUCAGUAUUUUUGAUAGCAGCCGGGAUAGCUAAAUUAGGGUUUCACCAUGCCAAUUUCCUGUCGUCAAAAGUUCCGGAAUCUUGUUUGCUCAUUAUACUUGGGACAAUGGUAGGAGCUGUCUUGUAUCUGACUUUACCUCAUGAUGAAGAAAAUCAACCAUCAAUGGAUUCAGAGCUUUUCUUUCUGUACCUGCUACCUCCGAUCAUUUUAGAAUCAGCUUAUAGUUUACAUGAUCGAACGUUCUACGACAACGUUGGAACCGUCAUGAUUUACGCCGUGUUAGGAACCGUGUUGAAUUGUUUCCUAAUUGGCCCAUCUCUGUACGGGAUAUACAAGAUUGGUUGGAUGGGAAAUACAAGUUUUGAAAUAAACUUUGUACAAACACUGGUGUUUAGUGCAGUUAUAGUUGCAGUUGAUCCGGUUGCGGUUUUGGCGAUAUUCCAGGAAAUUGGUGUGAAUAAUACCCUUUACUUCCUUGUAUUUGGGGAAUCUUUAUUCAAUGAUGCUGUCACCGUGGUGCUAUAUAAUAUGAUGAAGACGUUAAAUCUAAUGGACGAAAUAACAUUUGAUCAGGUAUUGAUAGGUGUUUUACAGUUUUUUGUUGUCAGUAUAGGCGGAUUAAUUGUCGGUGUUAUAUGGGGAGCUAUCACCGCUAUACUCACCAAAUUUACAGAGCAUUGCAGAGUUGUAGAACCAUUAGCAGUUUUUGUCCUAGCCUACAUAUCUUACCUUAUGGCGGAGAUGUUCCAUUUUUCUGGAAUUAUCAGCAUUAUAGGUUGUGGUCUUACUCAAGCGCAAUAUGCAUUCCAUAACAUAUCCAGAAAAUCUCACACAACUGUAAAAUACUUCAGCAAAAUGAUGAGUUCAACAUGCGACUGCGUUAUAUUUCUAUUCCUUGGAAUAUCACUGUUCAAGAAAGAUGUGUUAACACCGGAACAUUGGAACAUUGGAUUUAUAGGAUGGACAGUUUUAUUUUGCCUUCUGUAUAGAUUCUUGGUGGUUUUUGCAUUGACAUUUGUUUUCAAUAGAGGCAAUAGAAUGAGAAAGAUUGAUCUUGAGGAGCAGUUUAUCAUGGCAUAUGGUGGAUUGCGGGGUGCUGUAGCGUUUUCACUUGUAGGUGUCUUGCAUAAGGACAAUCUGCCAAAGGGCAUAUUUCUUACAACCACAAUAGUUGUUAUAUUUUUCACAGUCUUUGUUCAGGGUGGUACAAUUAAACCUCUUGUGAAACUUCUACGAGUAAAAAUGGAAGACUCACAAAAGCUACAGCUUUAUGAAGAAAUAUCAAGUCACGUGACUGAUCACGUGAUGGCAGGAAUAGAGGAAAUAACAGGACAGAGGGGAGAACAUUAUAUCAGGGAGAUGUUAGAAUACUAUAAUUCCAAGUACCUGAAGUAUUGGUUACAACGAAAUCCGGUGAGCCAAGAUGAAAAGAUAAUGCAGUAUUUUGAAAAGCUGGCGUUAGAGCAGCAUUUUGAGCAGCUUGCAGGAUGCAAGAUGAUAAUAGAAAAAUAUGGGAGUGAAACUGACCUCACGGAGGAUAUAGAACUAGAAGAAGAAGAAGAACGAGAAAAGGAAAGUGAGACAGGCUCUAUUGCAGAUGAUAUAUCAAUAAACAUCGGAUCAAUACAAUCAAGUUGUGAAGACAUCGAGUCUGAACUCGACGACGAAUUGAUAAGGAGACAGGCCAUUACACGACGCAGACGAGCUAUUCUGCCAGUUCCUUUAACAAAAGAUCUAGAGUCGAGACUAAACGAUAAUCCAACUGCUCAAGAUAUCCGUAAGAUCAUGUUGCCAGUGCGGCAAAAGUUAAACUACAGAAAACUUGACAUUAAUUUGACACACGAUGAUAGUGAAAAUGAUUUGUUAAGAUAUUUACAAAGUAAACAGAUGAAGACUAGGCGUGUAUCACAGGCUCUUUGGAACCAAGCCCCUAGUGCAACACCUGAAAUUCCAGAAGCUGGAAGAGCACGUAGAAAAAGCGUGGCACCAGUUGCUGUUAAUAACUACCGCCGUCGACUAAGUCUAGCAGUUCCAGAUCCAUUUAGUGAGGGAGCAAGGAGACGCGGAAAAAGUACGGGUAACGCUCUAAAGGGAUUGGAUUCGCCAGCGAGACGGCGGCUUAGAUUUAAGAGAGGAGCACAUUCACUAGCAUCGGAUGAUUUAAGUGAUUCCCAAAACUUAUUUCCUCUAACUGAAAGUAUUAGAGAGGAUGAUGAACUCAAUAGUGAAUGUGACAAAAUGUCUGAAUCUGAACAUAACAAAACUGAUGAUAAAUCAACCACUAAAGAAGAUACAUCUAAAGGUGCUUUACAAAGUGUCAUUAAUAGUAAAAGUAAGCAUGGCUCAUUAAAACGUUCUAAAACCGAGGAUGCAAAGGGUUCACCAAGUGCCGGCGUAAGAAAAGGCGGUUCAUUCAAAGGACAGGCAAGUAAACCGACCCAAAUGAAGGGUUUCAGAAGUCCAACACAAGGGAUGAAACAUGGUGAUAGAGGAAUCAAAUUUGUUUCACCAAAGCAUAGUCCAAGUUUGGCUAAACGUAAACCAUUAGUAAUGUCACAUUCGGUUUCUGCCGAAACUAGUGAACACAAACAGGACCCGUCCCCUAGGUCAAGCAGCAUGCGUAAAAAUUUGUCCUAUAGUAAAGCAAUGUCUGAAGCCAAAGAUGAAAAUAUAUAAAAAGUGAAAUUGCUAAAUUACGAAAACAUUGAUUAUGUAAUACGACUGUAAUACGACUCAAAAUUUUCAUUAUUUGACAAAUUCCCACUAUGUUUUGCGUCUUUUAAAUUUUUAUGUUAACAAAUUGUAGUUUAUUCUGAGAAAAUACACGCAAUAAUAAUUAUAAAUUUUAUUUUAUGUACAUUUUUAACACGAAAAUAUAUAAACUGCAUUUUGGGCUGCAUAUUUACCAAUUUAGUUCAUAGUAUAUACUAACAUUACAAAUAACAUUUAUUCGUUUGUCAAUGCUAUAGAAUACACAAAUUUGGCUUUAAUUUGUAACAUUUAACAUUAUAUGCCUUUAUGCUAACGUUUCAUUUUUUUUAUAUUUCAGAAUAAUAGCCUGCAUGAAUCACAAAAGAGUGCCAAAUCAGAUGAUACUGAUGAUAUAUUGUCAGUUCGGCUGUAGUCCCUUGCUAGAAACAUAUCAUCGCUUCUGCUAAGAUACCCCUGCUUUCCCCCUUACCUAACCAGUCAUGCGCAGGAUGUCAUUUAAAUAUAUUGCGUUACAUCGCGGCGUCUACAAGAUCAAGAUGUUAAGAGCAUGAGCGUCAGGGAUCUUGCUUGCGUGAACAAGGUGUAUGUUGUUUUCUUAGGGAAUAUAUAUAUAUGAUUUUGUAGUAACAGCAAAACUUCUCACUGAGACUAUUCUUUUCUUUAUAAUUUAUUGAUUAAAGCAAGUGUUUUGCCAUAUAAGUACUAGUUAUUCUGUAUGUUUAGCAGUAUACAAGCUUUGCAAUGACUGCAAUGUAAAUUCAAUCUUGCCCAUUUUGCAUCUUAAUCAGGUACCUUCACAUGUAGACUUAUUCAAUGACAUCAUUAGAAAUAAAGAACAAAAAUGUUGAAAAUUCUAUGUAAAUUGUAAAGUUUAAAGAUUAAUUAUUUGUUUUAGAAAAGACGAAGUUUCAUUCACUGUAAAUUAUAAGAAAAAGGCUUUCUCAAACAUAUUCCGUUUGAUCGAAGAACAAAAUUGAUUAUUAAUAUAUUGAGCUUUUUCAAAUAUAUAUGUAUUUGUGUAUUAUGCUCCAAUUUGAUAUUUGAAAUAUUGAUAAAUGCUAUACAGUCUCUUUUUAAAAAUACUUAUAUAAAGUACACGCAUAGAAGUCACGUUUAAAAUUCUGCACACUCUUGGUAAAGGCAUAGUGUCAUUUUACAAAAAUACUUAAGAAAAGGCCACAUUUCAUUUCAUUAACCUGACCAGUAAUAAAGAAUGUAGUUUCUCAAAGUUAAUAUUUGCAAUACGCAAUACAAGAAUUGUACAGUUUAUCUGUAAGGUGACAACCGAAAGAUAAGCAAUGUGUUCCCAAAGAAGUUCUUAAUUUAUUCAUGUUUAAUCUUCUUCAGAUUUCGGUUUAGGUUUGUUUUACCAAAUAAAAGAGUAAAAAAUAGUAUUUUCAUCAUUAGGAGUGAUGUCUAAAAACAAACAAUAACUUUUUAAUAUUCGGUGUUUUACGUGAUAAAGUAUACAAUAAAUAUAAUGUAUAUUUUUGUAUUUGAAAAAUGGAAUUCGAUUACUUACUAACUCCUUCCAUUUUGUACAAAUGUAUUAACAUCUGCAAGUGUGUUUGAAAUUUAGUACACUUUCGGUUUGGUUUGUCUGUUGUUUUUAUUUUUUUUUGUUUGUGUUUGCUUGAUUAUAAAGCAAUUUGCUUGUGUUUCGCAUAUAGUAAAAGUGUUUAUCAUUAUAGAUAAAUGAUAUAAAUUUUUGUUAAAUGUUUGUGUAUAUUUAUAUCAUAAAUUAUAGAAUGAUUUUUUGAUAUUUUAAUAAUUAUGUGUUUGUAACUGUUUUUAAUAUAUAUAUAGUAAACAGUGGACUGUGAUAGGAUUUCGUGAAGCUAAGCUAUGACAUAUUUGUUUCAUAAAAAGAAGAGUUAAUACGUUUCAAUAAAAUGUUAAAAAUGAAAA